AUGUCCGCCAAACGCACGGUCCAAACGCCCAGGCGGAUAUCGUUUCAGCCGGAGGUCGCAGCAGCUCCGCCAACUCCCUCACCAACUCCGACACGUUACUUGCCAACUCCAAUCAGUGGCCCUCGAAUUCCGAUCAGAUCUUCGCUAUUCUUAAAUUCUCGCUCGCAACCCUCAAACAACUGCUCAUCGACUUCGAACGCUCGUUUUCAAGCUCCGCCUCACUCCUCACCAAGUCCGAAUACUGGCUUGCCCACUGCGACUCGCACUCCGACUCGGCAGCCUAGCACCAGAAAUCUCUCCUCCGCUCUCUCGCCUAAUUGGUACUUCAAUGAGCAAGACACAGCAUUGAUCCGCGCGGGAUACGAACCCCAGUGGACCCCUAAACCACCCGACCCAACCUCGAUUGCAACAGAAAAGAGCAAGAAAAACCCAGCAACCCAAUCCACCAUGGCCGAACCACGCGCCCGCAUGGCCCGCCACAAAGGCCAAAUGAACUUUCAAAACGAGCGUAAGUUCCGACAACCUAUGCGCAUUUAUUCCCUCACGGGUGCAACCAAAGCAAGCGCAAGACUAACCACAAUAUCUUACAUAGUCCGCCUGCUCCUUCUUGCCUAUGGCGACCCAAGCCCACACCCAAGUUUCCCAAAUGAGCCCCUCCCCGAAACAAUCCGUGUCUUGGAUGAAAUUGUCACCGAUUUUGUGCUGGAAGUUAGCCACGGCGCCGCACAAGUCGCGCAUCACGCCCGCCGCCAGAAGAUCAAAGUUGAGGACUUCCGUUUCGCACUGCGCCGCGACCCGAACAAGCUCGGCCGUGUCCAGGAGCUGCUGCGUAUGGAGCGCGAGCUGAAGGAGGCCCGCAAGGCAUUUGAUCAGAAUGAUGACCAGGUUGCUAAGGAAGCUGGAAAGAAGGGUGCUGCUGCUGCAGCCGCAGCCGCAGCCGCUGGCGAGGAUCCGGAGGCUGCUGAAGCCGCCGCUACAGCCAAUGUUACCAAGAAGAGCAAAGGUAAAGGAAAAAGGGGUGCUGCGACCCGCCGUGGAUCUGAUGCGACCGAGGAGUCGGUUCCAAAGAAGCGCAAGACCAUUGGCUGA